UCUCUUAUGGGAAUGUGACAACACAAAAACAGAAAAAGAGAAAUAUGAAAAAGCAAAAUUUGUUUGACUCAGUGGCAUAUGCUCAUGAAUUAAGUAAAAUAAUGGCAGCUACUGAGAAGCAUAAUUCUGUGGAACCUGGAAUCUCAAAACUGCAGUUUGUUCCCUUUACUAGUGCCUUGGAUGCACGAUUUUGGCAUGAAUUGACCCAGAAGAAACUCAAUGAAUACAGAUUAGAUGAGUCUCCAAAGGUUAUCAAAGGAUAUUAUUAUAAUGGUGAUCCUGUUGGUUUGCCAGCUCGUUUAACACUGGAAUUUAGUGCCUUUGAUGUGAAUGCUGUGACCCCAGCACACUGCUGUCCUGCAAUUGGAACACUCUACAACACCAACACUUUUGAAUCCUUCAAAUCCUGUGAUAAGAAAUUGCUUUUGGAAAAAGCAGCAAAUGAGAUAUGGGAGGCAAUAAAAUCAGGGACUGCUCUUGAAAACCCUAUGCUCUUGAAUAAAUUUAUGCUGCUGACUUUUGCUGAUUUAAAAAAGUAUCAUUUCUAUUACUGGUUUUGCUACCCUGCACUCUGCUUCACAGAUGGGAUACCAGUUGUGCAACAGCCAGUUCCUUUGGGGGAAAGGUUCUCUCCAAGUCAGAUUCAAGCACUCCAGAAGGCAUAUGAUGAACUUUGCCAGAAAGAAGGAGUUACAGCUUUGCCUUGCUUUUUAAUCAAGUAUCACAAUAAUUCUGUUUUGAUGUCCCUGCUUAAAAAUUGGAAUGAAUUUUUCCAAGAUCCAGGGGAGAAGGUGACAAUUGGAGUUUAUGAUCCAGGCAAUUUUGCCCAGUAUCCAGGAUGGCCACUUAGAAAUAUACUGGUUCUGGCAGCCCAGAGAUGGGGUAGUCAUCUCCAUUCAAUUGAAGUGCUCUGCUUCAGAGACAGAACCAUGCAGGGGGUAAGAGAUGUAACGCACAGUAUCAUCUUUGAAAUAAAGCUUUCACAGCUGGCACUGAGUCCAGUAGAUUGUCCAAAAGCUGUUGGAUGGGAGAAGAACCAAAAAGGAGGCAUGGGUCCAAGAAUGGUGAAUCUCAGUGAAUGCAUGGAUCCUAAAAGGUUAGCUGAGUCAUCAGUAGAUCUUAAUCUCAAACUGAUGUGCUGGCGGCUAGUGCCUACACUUGACUUGGAGAAGGUUGUAUCUGCUAAGUGUCUGCUGCUUGGAGCUGGUACGCUCGGGUGUAGCGUUGCCAGAACUUUAAUGGGCUGGGGAGUCAGGAAGAUUACAUUUGUUGACAAUGCAAACAUUUCCUAUUCCAAUCCUGUACGGCAGCCAUUAUAUGAGUUUGAAGACUGUCUCAGUGGUGGGAAGCCUAAAGCACUUGCCGCAGCAGACAGACUACAAAAAAUAUUCCCAGGAGUGAAUGCGGAAGGAUUUAAUAUGAGUAUCCCUAUGCCGGGUCACCCAGUGAAUUUUUCCAAAGUAACAAUGGAACAGGCUCAAAAAGAUGUGGCACAGCUUGAGCAGCUCAUUGAUGCUCAUGACAUUGUUUUCCUGUUAAUGGAUACGAGAGAAAGUCGAUGGCUUCCUGCUGUCAUUGCAGCCAGUAAGAGAAAGUUGGUCAUCAAUGCUGCACUGGGAUUUGACACAUUUGUUGUGAUGAGACAUGGACUAAAGAAACCGAAAAAGCAGGAGCCUGGUGAUUCAUGUUCCAGUAGCAUCACAAGCUCUGCUGAUCUCCUGGGAUCAUCACUCUUUUCAAAUAUCCCUGGCUAUAAGCUUGGCUGUUAUUUCUGCAAUGAUGUUGUGGCACCAGGAGAUUCCACCAGGGAUCGGACACUGGAUCAGCAGUGCACGGUCAGCCGACCAGGGUUAGCCAUGAUAGCUGGAGCUCUUGCAGUAGAGUUAAUGGUUUCUGUUUUACAACAUCCAGAAGGUGGUUAUGCUGUUGCUAGCAGCAGUGAUGACAGAAUGAAUGAACCACCCACCUCUCUUGGGCUCGUGCCUCACCAGAUUCGUGGAUUUUUAUCAAGAUUUGAUAACGUCCUUCCUGUGAGCCUGGCAUUUGACAAGUGCACAGCCUGCUCUCCCAAAGUCCUUGACCAGUACGAACAUGAAGGGUUCAAUUUCCUAGCAAAAGUUUUUAAUUCCUCACAUUCCUUCUUGGAGGAUCUGACAGGUCUAACUCUACUACAUCAGGAGACUCAAGCUGCUGAGAUCUGGGACAUGAGUGAUGAUGAAACAGUUUGAAAGCCAAGUGAAUGAAGUGGAAGAUGACCUACUUAGAUCUGUAUUGCUGUCUUUUAUCUGUCACUUGAUUUCUUAUAUAUUCUGACAGUUAAAAAUAUAACUCUCAUUUUUUAUAUGAAUGGAACAUUAUCUUAACCUGAAAAGCAGUUCUGCUGUGGGUGCGAGUCUCCUCGUAUUUCCAUAUUUAUUGUAUGCAGGACCUAACUAGAGCAACAUAGUUAUAUUUAAAUGCCCAGUUUCUAUUUUUUCAGUUACUAAAUAUAGCUGGCAUACAUUUAGCCACUUAAAUAACUCCCAGUGUUUUUUCAUUUGUCCAUUUUCAUUGUAUCAUCAAUAGACCUGCCUAAAUAAUAUUGUCUACUUUUCUUCCAAAGAAGUAGGGUUACUUUAUAAAUAGUUAAUAUUCAGAUUAUGAUAAUAUUUUUUUACAGCAGGUAAUUAAAUUACAUUGAUAUUUAAAGGAGCUGGGGUAGAAGAUGAGGUGGGUGAAUAAUUAAAAAUCCACCUACACCAAUUUUUUUACUGUCACAGAUGGUGUUUAUAACAUGCCCCUUAUCACAUGAUAAUACCAGGGUUUCUGUCUGUACAGAUGGGAGCAAUGGUUUUAAAUCUUAUUAAAGCUCUGUUAAGACCAGUACUUUAGCAUGUUUCUGCACUGUGGAUAAAACAUUGUUUGAGCCUUACCUGGCAAGGAAGAACAGGGUUGGGGAUUCAGACAUUUAUAGAGGGAGCCAUUACAUAAUAACUCUUUUAGAGAAGUGUCUUUGGCUUGAUAAAAGCUGUAGAAAGAGUUUCUCUAACUCUUGUCAUUCUUAGAUACUGUCAUGCAGUACUUCCUUGGGCCUCAAUAAAGCCCUAAUCUCAAAUCUGCUUGGUGAGUCUUUCAGUUUUGUACUUUGUAGGACACAGAAGGGCUCCACAGAUGACUAGUUCUGCACAGAACAUCACUGGAAAACCACUGAGAAAAGUGAUAGUUGUGAAAAACAGAAUUUUAAAACGCCAAAAUAUGUUACUAUCCCAAAUCAAAUCUAUCAUUUUUCAUCUUGGUCUAAGUAAAUAAUAAUAACAAUAACAACAUUAUUUGCCAUAUUAAGUCUAGUUUUUGCACUGAUCCACGCAUUGCUUUGGAUUUGUCCAACCAUUCUUUCCUCAGUGUAUCUGGAAAGUCAGUAUAUCCAAUAAUUACGUCAUCUUCCUUCAGUUAAGAUAGAAUCCUUGGUUAUGUAAGUCACAUCAACUUGUUUGCCAGCUAAGCUGAUAUAUCCUCUGGUAUUCCAUAGAAAUAGAAGCUCUAUAAGAGCUACUUAGGGCAGAGUGCAAUCCCCACUCAUGCAUUAUGGUUUCGAAUGAAGAUGUUUAUAAAGUGUUCUCUUGUUUGUACCACUAUGAAAAAUCUCCACGUUCAAGUUUACAUUUUUUCCCAAGUGACCAUAAAGGAAUGUCUCAUCUAGGUAGCUCCAAUGUCAUAUAAAUAUAUUCUUAUAAUCUAGUUAGAAAGAAGAGUCCUUAAAAUUAGUCUUAAAUAUAUUUUUGAAAAAGGAAGAUUAAUGAUGAAAUAGAAUCUGACAUCUUGAUGGUCUAAACCAGUAAGAUUGGGAAAAUUCACUGUGCAUUUGUAUACAUGGAAAAUGAUCUUUCAGUGGACAAACAAAAUACAUUUAAGAAAUAAGGCUAAGACACCUGAUUUCUCCUGCAUUCUAACCAUUCUGAAUUUUUAUUUUGUUCAUACCAUUAUCAAAG